AAAAAACACGACAGCUGUUAUGCCACGCAACGCAGACAACGCCAAUGCCCCCACCUAUCCAUCCCUUCCCCCAAGUUUCUAGGUAGAUUAUUUGAUAGCAAACGCCGUACCCACGACGCAAUGGCGAGCCCGACAAAAAACGCAAAAAUAAAUGAGGAUGGAGCGAUUUGAACGCUCAGCCUUCAGGACAUUCCAAGUUCUGGAAUCUGACGCGCUACCGUUGCGCCACACCCCCAAUUGUUGAUGCUAAAACUGUUGUAUAAACCUUAUGUCCUCUGUGCAUUGGUGGCUGCUUUUGUAUGGUGUUGCGUUGCUGGGGGUUGGAGGGCGGGUUGUUCGUUGGGUUGGUUUGGGCGCCGCUUGGGCGUCGUGCGGUGCGGGGUUUUUUGUUGUUGCCUCGGCCGAGCGUGGCUGGGAUGGCGCGAUUGCGGGGCGAGUUGUUCGACCUGGACUUGGGGGUGGGCGUGAUUCGGCCUACCUAUGAGCGUUAAGCUGCCCUAGCUACUGUACGUGCAUGUGCAUCUAUGCGGAGCUUCUGGUAGAGUGGGAGAUCUGUAAUCCUG